AGCCAAGUGACUCUGAAAAUUCUUCACAUUCGAUUAUAAAAGUGCACGCUUCUUGGAGGAAUUAUCUCAAAUCACAAUCGUAUUUUUGUACGCUAACAUCGUCGCAACCAGCAUACACAGUAGCAACAUGAUCACUAAGGUGGCGUUGAUCCUCUGCUUCAGCCUCUCGCUUGCCAUUGCCGGCAUCAUCGAUGGCUACGGCCAUGGCGGUCUCAGCUUGCAAGCGCCCAUUUCAAUUGCCGCCGCGCCGGCCAUCACAUACGCCGCACCGAAGAUCCUUGCCGCCGCACCAGCUAUCAGUCAACAGGUUAUACACGCACCAGCGCCAGCUCUCAUCGCCCACGCAGCACCCACUUACGUGGCACAAGCAGCGCCCACCAUCAUCAAAGCUGCACCAGCCCUUGCUGUCGCCAAGGUAAUCGAACCCGAGCCAUACGAUCCCAAUCCACAAUACAGCUUCGCUUACGGUGUAACCGAUCAUCAAACCGGCGACUCGAAAGCGGCUGAAGAGUCACUGGUCAAUGGUGUCGUGCACGGUAGCUAUUCCCUCACCGAACCAGAUGGCUCUGUGCGCAAGGUCACCUACACCGCCGACAAAAUUAACGGUUUCAAUGCUGUGGUUGAGAAGCAAGGUGGCCCCGCACCCGUUGCUGUAGUGGCCAAACCUGUUGCCGUCGCCGCUGUACCCACCAUCACUAAGGUCGCCUACGCUGCACCCGCCAUAACCAAAGUGGCGUACGCCGCACCGGCCCUUGCGUAUGGUCAUCACUAAGCGCUGCCACUGGUUAACCUCACAUACACAUCGAGGUUACUCCACGGUAUUUAAUGUAAUUGUUUCGUAUUGUUGACCGGGCUGCUGAACUAUGGACAUAUGACUUCUGAACCGAACAAAGGAACUUAUAUAACAGAUAUAAAUAUAUAUACAUACAUAUAUUAAUAACUAAACAAUUUACGUGUUAACUUAUGAAUACACUUAUAGUCUUAGCAGAGCGCUCGUCUGCAUGCGGAAACAACCAAGUCAACUAAAACUUCUUAGCUACAAUUAUAUAAAAGAAAAAAACAACAAACAAACGAACACACACUCUCGCGAUCGCGCGCAUCACUAGCGAUCAUCCACGCCCAUUGUGGGACAUCGCGCUGCGCGCCCCAACACGCGUGACUCACCACUGUGGGUCGCGCCUCAGUCCGCGCGCUAAAACAACAACAUGGCGGCGGCUGCUUUUGUCGACACAACAUGCUGAGAAUGUGUGCGGCACGCAGCAGCAUUGGCGGCAUAGUCAUGUACCAUGUAUCUAUGUCGUUGCAUGCUUCAACCAAGAGCCAUCAUUCUCAUUCAUCUCAACUAUUGUGCAUCUAAA